CAUGACUCAAGAGGUUCACUUCAUCGCAAGUCAGUCUCUGGAUGAACAGUAACAUGAAGGUGGCUAUCGUCCUGUGUGCCCUGGUGGCACUGUCCCACUGCUUGGUUAGGAUGCCCCUGAUUAAGCACAAGUCAGUGAGGGCGACCAUGGAGGAGAGGGGGGAGUGGGAGCAGUUCAGGCGGAGGUUCCCCUACAACCCCAUAGGCAAGUUCGACUCCAACGUCUUCGGAGGCGAACAGAUGACCAACGAUGCUGAUCUUGAGUACUAUGGCGUCAUCUCUCUGGGCACACCUCCCCAGUCCUUCAAGGUCGUCUUUGACACCGGCUCUGCCAACCUCUGGGUCCCCUCCACUCUCUGCAGCAGCCCUGCCUGUGGAAACCAUCAGAAGUUUGAUCCCUACAAGUCGUCUACUUUCGUUAGCGCUGGAAAGGGCCUCACUAUCCAGUAUGGUACUGGAUACAUGAGCGGCUCUCUGGGAUGGGACACUCUUCAGGUUGCAGGCUUGACGGUGACGAAACAGGAGUUUGGCUUUAGCCAGACGGAGGCUCCGUUCAUGUUCUACAUGCAGGCCGACGGCAUAUUGGGUCUGGCCUACGGCAGCAUGGCAGUGGAGGGAGUCCCCACCGUCUUCGACAACAUGGUGCAACAGGGCCUCAUUCAGAACGACUACUUCUCAGUCUAUCUGAGCAGGAGCCCUGACACAGGAAGCGAGGUGGUGUUUGGUGGAUAUGACGCUGAGCACUACAAUGGGAAUCUGGUGUGGAUCCCCCUGUCCUCCGAGACAUACUGGCAGAUCAAAAUGGACAGCAUCACUGUCAAUGGUCAGGUGGUGGCCUGCAAUGGUGGCUGCCAGGCUAUUGUGGACACUGGCACUUCCAUGAUCGUCGGACCUGAGGUCACCAGUAUCAACAACGCUGUUGGAGCCCCCAAUGGUCAAGUGAGCUGCAGUAACAUUGCUAACAUGCCUGAAGUGACUUUCACCAUUAACGGAUACACUUUCAGCCUUCCUGCCUCUACAUACGUUCGCCAGACCCAGUAUAGUUGCAGCUCUGGUUUUGUGAAUGACUUCAGCAAUGGAGUGGGCUCCAGCCUCUGGAUCCUGGGAGACGUCUUCAUCAGGGAGUACUACGUCAUCUUCAACAAACGCGACAACAACCUGGGCAUUGCAGCCCUCAGAUAGGCACCAACAUGUGUCUUUUUGGGCAUGGUGCAUGGCAAUCAUUCAAAUAAUGUACUGACUCAUGUCUAUGCACGCUAUUUGAAGUGGUUUUGAUGGGGUUUUUUGUAUUGAAAGCAAUGUACUGCACUGCUGACAGAGCUUCAACAAAAUAAAGCAAACCCUUUCGCAUCAUAAA